GCGGCUGCGCUCGCAGCAGCUUCGUAGCAGCAGCGCCGGCUCCGCCGCCCCCGCCCCGCCGCUGCGACUACGCCAGUCCCCGGCUCCGCUCGCGGCCUACCCCGCUCCUCGGCAUGGCGCGGCCCCUCGUGCCCAGCUCGCAGAAGGCACUGCUGCUGGAGCUGAAAGGGCUGCAGGAGGAGCCCGUGGAAGGGUUCCGGGUCAACCUGGUGGACGAGGGGGACCUCUACAACUGGGAGGUGGCCAUCUUCGGCCCCCCGAACACCUACUAUGAGGGCGGGUACUUCAAGGCUCGUCUCCGGUUUCCCAUCGACUACCCCUAUUCUCCUCCUGCCUUUAGGUUCUUAACCAAAAUGUGGCACCCCAACAUCUACGAGACCGGCGACGUCUGCAUCUCCAUCCUCCACCCGCCGGUGGACGACCCGCAGAGCGGGGAGCUGCCGUCCGAGCGGUGGAACCCCACGCAGAAUGUGCGGACCAUUCUCCUGAGCGUGAUCUCGCUGCUGAAUGAACCCAACACGUUUUCUCCGGCCAACGUGGACGCCUCCGUGAUGUACCGCAAGUGGAAGGAGAGCAAAGGGAAGGACCGGGAGUACACCGACAUCAUCAGGAAGCAAGUCUUGGGCACGAAGGUGGACGCCGAGCGGGAUGGCGUGAAGGUCCCCACCACGCUGGCAGAGUACUGCGUGAAGACCAAGACUCCGGCCCCAGAUGAGGGCUCGGACCUCUUCUAUGAUGACUAUUACGAGGACGAUGAGAUGGAAGAGGAAGCAGAAAGCUGUUAUGGUGAUGAGGAUGACUCCGGCAACGAGGAAUCUUGAUGGCCCUCUGGCAUUGCAAAACUUCUACUUACUAUAAACUAUGGAAUUUUACCUCAGCUAGGACAAACUGGUUUGAAUUUAGGAUCUGUCAGCCCCGAAAUUAACUCUCUACCUCGCAGGGAGACUGUUCUGCUGUUGCAAAGGAAAUCCCACCACUGUCUUUGUAGAAAAAGCAAAAAAAAAAAACCAACCCUAUUUUAUAAACUCGCUGGGUGAGGGGCGGGUGGGGAGGGGGAAGUCACGUUGGGGCGUUCACGAAUCCGCAGAAACCCGGGAGCUGGUGGCUCUGGCUGGGUGAGGAGUGGCGGCAAAACCUGGUGGGGGCUGCCCCAUGUUGAGCCCCGUGUUGCCGGGGAGCGGCUGGGGGGGGCUGCGGAGCCGGUGAGUGGUGGCUUUCGGGGGGGUGGGGGGGUGGCGAAGUGUGUGAGCGUUGUGUAGCUUUCUACAGCCUUGGAGGUGUCGGAGCAGCGAGGGCUGCGGGGUGAGCGCUGCUGUCCCCGGUGGGACCCUCCUGCCAUCCCUUCCCGUGAUGCCGGGGCCGUGUUCAUGGCCGGGAUGUCGGGAAGAGCCGGGAUGUCAGGCAGGAGGUGCCCGGAGCUGCCUGGCACUGUGGGGCCUGGGGAUGGGCUGUUUGUAGUUUUUAACUUAGCUGUGAGGGACGGGGCAGUUCUGAGUCUUUCUGCUUCUGUUUUGUUUUUUUUUUGUUUUGGGGUUUUGUUUUUUUUUUUGGAAACUAUUUAAUAAAGUACUUCAAGGGA